AUGUUCGCCCGUGUUGCCUCACGAAGCACUCACGGGAUUCGCGCUUUCUCCUCGGCUCGUGUCGCUCAAGCAGAGCUUUCUUACCAAGUCUUUGGGCCCGAGAGUGGCGACGCAGUUCGUGAUCCAAUCGUAUUCUUGCAUGGACUCUUUGGAUCCAAGCAGAACAACCGGAGUAUCAGCAAAGCUUUAGCUCGCGAUCUUAAAUGUCGCGCAUUCACUCUGGACUUGCGCAACCAUGGCCACUCUUUCCAUGCGCCGGAACACAACUAUGAUGUCAUGGCCGAAGAUGUCCAAGAAUUCUUGGAGCAGCAGAAACUCGAUAAAUGCGCUGCAAUGACCGUCGCCCUUCGUUCGCCGGAGCGCGUCUCAGCUCUAAUUCCAGUCGAUAACGCGCCCGUCAACGCGAGCUUGAAGAGCGAUUUCCCGAGAUAUGUGCGGGGCAUGCAAGAGAUCGAAAAGGCUAAGGUCACAAAGCAGUCUGAUGCGGAUAAGAUUCUCCAGGAAUUUGAAGAGUCGCUUGGAAUCCGCCAAUUCCUCCUUACCAAUCUGAUUCGCUCAGAGGAAGAUAAAAAAACCAUGAAAUUCCGAGUGCCCCUCUCGGUCCUCGGCGAUUCGCUUGACAAGAUGGGUGACUUCCCGUUCGGCGAGUCUGAUGCUGUCAAAUAUGAUGGCCCCACGCUUUUUAUCGUGUCGGACGACACUGUUCCCGCUAUCAAGCGUUUCUUUCCGAACGCGCAGAUCGCUGAUAUUGAGGCGGGCCACUGGGUCAUUUCUGAGAAUCCGGAGGCGUUCCGACAAGGUAAGCAUGCGAUCUCCCUACAAUCUGAGACCGACUCGGUGCUGACUUCUGAUAGCCGUUAUCAAGUUUUUGGAAUCAUCGUAGACCCGGGGAUAUUGAAGAAAUUAGAAUAUAGUAUAUCCUAG